AUUUCUUUGCCAAUUAAACGACGCCGUUCACUGCUUUCCGCACUCAGAGGCAGUAUUCAGCAGAAUCCCUGGUCGCACAAACCAAACACAAAAAUACCGAGAAAAUGAGUUACCGCUCAAUCUUCGACGGCGGGAUCCUCAGAACCGAAUUCGAAAAGGCUGGAAUCAACACUCACUUCAUUCACACUAUCUGGAAGUUUGUGAUUGAAAACCCCAACUGCGAAUGGGACGAAAUCCCAUCUUUACCAUCGGUUGUUUACCCUCUGCUUCGCUCUAAAUUCAAGCCUCUCACUUCCACUCUUCACUCUGCCAUCCAAUCCAGCGAUAACGUCACCACCAAACUCCUCGUCAAGUUGCAGAAUGGUAGUUUUGUGGAGGCUGUGAUAAUGAGAUAUGAUACUCGUUUGGGAAAAUAUUGUGGGAAACCUCGCCCUGGUGGUCCUAGGUCCACCUUGUGCAUUUCAUCACAGGUUGGCUGUAAAAUGGGUUGCAAAUUUUGUGCCACAGGAACCAUGGGGUUUAAAAGCAAUCUUUCUUCUGGGGAGAUUGUCGAGCAGUUGGUUCAUGCCUCUCACUUGUCAAUUAUACGCAAUGUGGUUUUCAUGGGAAUGGGGGAACCGUUGAAUAAUUAUAACUCCUUAGUGGAAGCUGUUCGUAUAAUGACAGGAUUACCAUUUCAGCUGUCACCAAAGCGAAUAACAGUGUCAACGGUUGGCAUUGUUCAUGCUAUCAAUAAGCUUCAUACUGAUCUACCAGGUUUGAACUUAGCUGUAUCCCUUCAUGCACCAGUUCAAGAUGUCCGUUGCCAGAUAAUGCCUGCAGCUCGAGCUUUUCCUCUGGAAAAACUUAUGAAUGCACUUCAUGUAUAUCAAAAGAAUAGUCAGCAAAAAAUAUUUAUUGAGUACAUCAUGCUGGAUAAGGUGAAUGAUGAAGAGCAACAUGCUCACCAGCUUGGCAAACUGCUAGAGACAUUUCAAGUGGUUGUGAAUUUGAUACCCUUUAAUCCAAUUGGCACUUUAAGUCAAUUCAAUACCAGCAGCGAAGAGAAAGUGUGUAGCUUUCAGAAAAUUCUCAGAGGUACCUAUAACAUCCGGACAACCGUUCGUAAGCAAAUGGGCCAGGAUAUAAUGGGAGCAUGUGGUCAGCUAGUGGUGAAUCAAUCUGAUACGAGGUCUGUUGAGAAUACGGGUCGCAUGACUGAUAUCGAAGAUUUCGGUCUUUGAUUAUCGAACUGCAACUCCCUUUUAUUCUCCUUUUUUUUUUUGUUUGUGUUUUGAUUUUUUUAUAGUGCCCAAUUGACCAAUGCGUCUGAAAUUAUCUUUGAAUACCUUGUAUCUACUCUUUUUAGAAAUUAUUAAUAUUAGAUGAAAUUUAUCUCA